GCGAGUGGUGCAACUAGGCCUUUUGUUUGGUUGAGAAGAUUAGCGACAGGCUUCCGCCGCACCACCUCUCUUUGGUUGAGAAGAUUUGCGACUUCCUUCCCCAUCUCACGAUUCAAAUGGAUCGCAUCAUCAUCGGGAAGAAUUGGAUCAGCCUCGGGAACAAUCGAAUCGGCAAGAAGAUCCGCCAUGGCAGCGGAAGCAUGUCCCUCGCUAAGCUUCUCCACCAAAGAGAGAGAGAGAGACAGAGACAGAGAGAACAAGAGGUCAUGCACAAUAAGACCGGGCCGUGAAGGCGCGGAGGAAAGGCGGAUAAGCUGCGGAGGAGGGGCGGAGGAGCAGAGAAGCUGCAGAGGAGGGUGGGAGGAGGGGAGGAGCAGAGAAGCUGCGGAGAGGGGGCGGCGGAGGAGCGGGGUAGGGGCGGAGAAGGGCCGGAGGAGGGGCCGAGCAGGGGCCAAGGAAGAGCGGAGGUGGGGAAGAGGAGCGGAGGACGGGCGGAGGAGCGGAGGAGCGGAGGAGUGGGGAGGAGCGACGGAGGCGCUGAGGACGGGCGGAGGCGGAGCGGAGAAGCUCCGGAGGAGAUGGGCGGAGGCGCGGAGAAUGAGCGGAGGAGCGGGGGAGGAGGGGCGGAUGAGCGGAGAAGCUGCGGAGGAUGAGCGGAGGAGUGGGACGGAGGAGGAACGCGGGGGAGGCGGGGCGAAGGAGGAGGAGCGGAGGAGCCUCGGGAAGUUGCGGAGGGGGGCGGACGAGGAGCGGAGAAUGUGCGGAGGAGGGGCAGAGGAGGGUCGGAGCGGAGGAGCAGCGGAGCAGCGGCGGAAGGGGCGUGGAGGAUUAGCUGAGGAGGGGCAGAGGAGCGGCGGAGCAGUGAAGGAGAAUGAGCGGAGGAGGAGUGGAGGAGCAGCGGAGAAGAGGCAUGGAGAAGCUGCGGAGGAUGAGCGGUGGAGGAGGGGAGGAGGUGUGGAGGAUGAGAGGAGGAGGUGGGCCGGCGGAGCGAGCGGAGGGGCAGAGGAGCGGGAAGCUGCGGUGAAGGAGCGGGGGAGCGGGGGAGGAGGGGCGGAGAAUGAGCGGAGGAGCGAGGAGGGGCAGAGGAGGGCUGGAGGAGCUGCGGAGGAGCAGCAAAAGAGGCAAGGGCAGAGGAGCGGAGGAGGCGCGGAGAAGAGCGGAGGAGGCGUGCAGGAGGAGCGGAGGCACGGAGGAGGAGCGGGGGAGGCGGGGCGAAGGAGGAGCGGAGGAGCCGCGGAGAAAGUGCGAAGGGGGAGCGGAGAAAGAGCGGAGAAUUUCCGGAGCAGGAAGGGCAGCGGGGGAGCAGCGAAGGAGGAUGAGCGAGGCAGGAGGGGUGGAGGCGCGGAGGAGGAGCGGAGGGGAGGAGCAGCGGAGGAGAGGAGUGGAGAACGUGAAGAUGAGGCUCUUGUGGCGGAUGCGUCUAGUGUGCACAAGCACAAGAAGCAUGGGGAGAGACGGGAAUGGAUCGCCCGUUGGAUGAGGGACACGGGCUGGAAUCGAUCUGCGGACGACUGCAGGAAGAAGUGGUUUGCGCUGGGCCAGAAAUUGAAGGUGCUCGUAGACAUGGUCGGCCGGUCCGGAAAGCCUGGAUACUUCGACAUGACAGUGGAAGAGAGGGAGGCAGAGCGGCUGUAUGCAAACUUUGAUAGGCGGUUAUGGGCGGAGAUGGACUGGAUUCUGCAAAAGCCGUCACGGACCUGUGACAACACGCCGAACUCCGACUCUUUGAAUGCCAAGGACGGGGACAGUUCGGCGAGAGGGUCGACUGAUAGGGGAGGUUCGAACUGGGAGCGGUCGGAAGCCUACGCCAGCGCCGAUAAAGCGAGACGCACGUCUAGUGGGAGGGUGAGCAAUGGGGAUGGGCCUUCGUCCAUGUCAGGGAUGAGUGUCGCACUCGCGGAGUCAACACGGGUGUACGGGGACGGGUUGGACAGGGCAGCAGUGACGAUAGCAGAAGCACAAAUGGUAGGGGCGACUAUGGUGGCAGGGAGGCUUGGUGACAUGGCUACGCAGAUCGGGGCAGAGACCCAGUACGAGCGAGGGUCGGAGGUGGAGCGACAGACGGAGUGGGGUCCAACUGUCCACACGGUUUGCAAGCGCGUGUACUACGCCCUUAUGAACAGGCUUAUGGUGAUGAGGAUGGCAACCGACAUUAGGUACGACGUCCAGGACAACCUUGCGGAGGUUGUGUUAUCGGUGAAGAAAUUGUCGGAGGUUGUCCCCGACAAUUGGCCAGUCCUCAAUCGUGACAUCGUUGGGGAUAUUGUGAAGUAUCUCAUCUUAGCCAUCGUCGAGGAACACCUUGUUGCAGUGCAAGGGGAUGCAUCGUACGUGGCGCACAUGAAGCCUCCACUUCGAGACCGAUCGUACAUUCACGGAGCAGUGCAAAUGUGGUGCCCCGACAACGACCUCAGAGCUGCACCGCGGCAUACCAGGCAUAGAUUUAUGCAGCAGCAGCUGGGACAGCAGAAACAAGGUCAGGCGGUACACGGAGGACAGGUUGGUCAGGGCAGACAGUUUGGACAGGUGGAACACCCGAUCCCAGGGUAUCCUUCAGCAGACUACGACUGGCAGAAGCUGAUUUACACGGCGCAGGGAAGAGGAAACCCCUCCCUGGACUUCUCGAGGUGGGAUGCCAAGGGAGGGGCGAACAGACGAAGAACAAGGUCAAGUAGCUCAAGGUGGGAUGCAUGGAAGGAAGACCCUCAAAGAACGAGAGGAGCCACUACACAACCGUGGAGGCAGGAACCACAGUUCCACCCCCCUAGAUGGAGGGAAGAGGAAGAGGUCACGCCGGGGAGAGCUCUCUGCAAUACUCCGACUCGAGCAGAGACAAUCCAAGAAGAAUUGUCGAAGACUUCAGUCACGUCCCGUUCGAGGAUCGGAUGGGGCAGUGAGUGCUGUGAAGAAGGGUACGGCUCUUCCCAGCACGCGGACGACUCUUCCUCCUUGAAGAGCUCAACAGCGUCAGGACAGGGCCAACGGAGUAGACAUGAGGAGGGAGACAGACGUACACUGAACAAGGACCAGAGAGCUGAGACCUUUGAAAGGAACAAGAUUGAGACUGUUCAUAGGUGUAUAGUCCCAUUGUUCUGUACAAGCUCCGCUCAAGGCAUUUGCUUCCUGGCGAUCGCGGACGAGGCAGACGUCUCCAUUAUCCCCUCGGCAUCAAUAGACAGGUCCCCUACACCUGUGAUGAUCUUGGAGGAAACGAAGAAGCUGUUCGGAGCGUAUGUCCCGAUCAGGCUUAUACCACAUACCGAGAUGGCGAAUGUAAUAGUGGAAACAGUCCAAGGCUAUAUGAAGAUGUACUUCCCACUGUUGGAUGCGAGACCCACAAGAGGCGGCAAACCUGUUGUCCCAGUCCGGAAUCCGUUGGUGCCACAUGUCUCGGGAGGAGAAUCUGCAUUCCGGUUUCUUGGUCGGCAAAUUGACAAAAGAGUGGAAGUCGUCUUCCAAGGCUAACAAGUCAUGCAGGCUGAUGCACUAUCUGCUCAAGUAGGUGUUAGUCAGACAACAGUCUCAAGUCAAAUGGCGAGAUCGCAGAUCAACAAGCCGCUCCAACUCACGCUAGUCUACCUGGACAUUCAAGAGGCAUUAGACAUCCCUAUUCAGCUAGAAGCCGAUGUCAGAGACGCAGAGCACAAGAAGCAGUGGAUUAGAGAUAGGGCCAUACUAGUUAGUGGAGAAGACAAUGGCAAAGUUAGGUUAGAGGGAUUAGAAGGAAAUGGACUCAGUAAUGCAAAGCAGGAUCUGCGGGCAUGCGAAGUAGGCAUGCAAGAGUCCAUGUCCAUGCGAGAAACUCCCCCUCCCUCCGCCGACCCGUUUCGCCCAAGAAGAAGAAGAAGAAGAAGAAGAAGAAGAAGAAGAAGAAGAAGAAGAGGAGUUGAAGGAGGAGGAGGAAGAGGACGAGGCGACGACGACGACGACGACGAAGAAGAAGAAGAAGAAGAAGAAGAAGAAGAAGAAGAAGAAGAAGAAGAAGAAGACGAGGAGGAGGAGGAGGAGGAGGAGGAAAAGGACACGAUGGAGGGAGAGGAGGCGGACGAGGAGCAGAUGACGGAGGUGGAGUCGGAGGAGGAGUUGGAGGAGGAGGAGGAGGAGGACGAGGCGACGACGACGACGGCGACGACGACGACGACGACGACGACGACGACGAAGAAGAAGAAGAAGAAGAAGAAGAAGAAGAAGAAGAAGAAGAAGAAGAAGAAGAAGAAGAAGAAGAAGAAGAGGAGGAGGAGGAGGAGGAAAAGGAGAUGAUGGAGAAGAAGGCGAGGCGAAGAAGAAGAAGAAGAAGAAGAAGA